AUGGAUAAAAGUGUUGAAUCUCUUUUUACAUCUGAUUUUUGGAGAGAAGUUAAUCAAUAGUUUUUUAUGGUAGAAUCACCAAUUUCAUUAAAUGUUUAGAAAAAAAUAUAUAAAAAAUGUAGGUGUUUAUGUUAGUUUUAGCUUCUAAUCUUCAAAGUGUAUAGACUUAAGAAUGGAUAGAUAAUACAUUGAUAUCCUUAAAAAAAAGUGGAUCCUAGCUUUAAAAGUUGAAUGAUAAUAAUGUAAGAGUGCACUUAAGUUUAUUGUUAAUGUAAAGAGAAAAAUCAUUCGAGCCAAUUCAAGAAUUAAUUAAUGAAAUGAUAGAUAAGAUUUGCGAGAAAGAAUUAAGAGACAGAUUGGAAUCAAAUAAGAUUUUAUUCUAAAAUAUGUAUUUAUUACCUUUGGAAAAAUAAAUGGAAAUUUUGUAAUAAGAAGCUUCAAUAUUAUAAAACUUGUAGCAAAAAAUAGAUUUACCUGAUUAAUUGUAAUAAGUGAUAAUGGAAUUAGAAGAUGAUUUAAUAAAAGUUUAAGAUAGAAAUACUAAAUAGAUAAAUAAGUAUUUUUUAGUUUUUAAAUUUUAGUCUUGUAAAACAUUUAGAAGAAAUCAAUAGAAAUUUAUUAUAUUAAUAUACUAUUAAAUAAACAGGAUAAUUUGCAUUAAGAAUUUAAAGAAUUAGAGUAUAACAUCAUUAAAAUGAAUUAGAAAAUCUAGAAAAAUUGAUAAUUCAUUAUUAAGAUUAUUAAGUAGCAGAUUCAAUUGGAAAGGCAAUCUAUAAUUCAGAGAGUAAAUUAAUUAUUAAUAUAAUAGCAAAUCUUGUUUCUAUUACUUUUGAUAAAUAUUUAAGUAAAACUCCGAUAGAUUUUAAAUUCGAUUAAUUUUAAAACUUCUAAAGACUUCGAGAAAUAGAAUUAGAGUUAAAUGUUUAAUAAUAGUACAAUUAAGAUGAAUCAUAAACAAUAGUUUCAAUUAAAACUGAAAUGUGUCAUUGUUGUAGAUAAAUGAUAGAAAUAACAGAUUUAUAAUAAUGUAAAUACAAUCAUGUAAAUAUGAAAUUACAAUAAUAAAAUGAAGAAAUACUGAUCUAAUAGAGAUAUGCAAUUUCUUAAAAAUAAAUGUAAUAAUUUUACAUAGAUCUAUAUUCUACUAACUAUAUUAUAGAAAGUAAAUAAAAUAAUAAUUAUAAGAUAAUUAAAUCCAGUGUUAAAAAUAUUUUUGUUUUAAAUGUUUGUAAUAUGAAUUUAAAGAAUAUGAUAUUUCUGGGCCCAAUUGGAUUUGUCCAUAAUGUAAAGUACUUAAAUAUUAUUAUCUAAGGGUUAAUGUUUUUGUAUCAGAUGUUAACGAAAUGAUUCUAUCUACAAAUUGAAAAGAACUUUUUUAGAAAUUGGAGGUAACUUCGAUAGUUUGUAUUAAUAAUCAAUCUUUGAGAUACUAGUUGAAAAUAAAAGAAAAUUAAUUCAAAAUAUUCCAUUAGAUUUCUUUAAUAUCUAAAAAUUUUAUUCAGAAAAUGAAGAGACACUUACUUCGAAAGGUUUAUUUAAGAAUAAGAAUAAGAAUAAAAUUAAUAAAAAGAUCAAAAAAUAGAAAAGUAGUGAAACCACAAUUUUAGGAAAAACAUAAUCUAUAUUAGUAGAUACAUCUUCAUCAUCGAUUAAAAUCAAAAAAAUAAAAGUGUGUAAACCAAUUAUUUCUAAAGAUAGUAUUGUAUUUUUAUAAUGA